AUGGCCAUCACCCACGACGACUACGUCUCCCUCUGCCUCAUGGCGCUCGCAGCGGCGGGAGGCGGAGGCCAAGCUGCAGGUUUAACGACGCAGUACGCUCUGAACACGGCUGCCUGGACGGCGACGGCGCAAGAGUGCGAGCUCCGCUUCCGGUGCUCCGUCUGUGGCAAGGCCUUCGCGUCGCACCAGGCGCUGGGCGGGCACAAGGCCAGCCACCGCAAGCCGACGCCCGUACAGGCACAUGCGUCGUCGUCAGCCGGAUCAGGCGCGGCGUCGUCGUCGGUAAUAACGACCUCGUCGGCCGGCGGCAGCAGCGGGCAGGGGAGGCACAGGUGCACGGUGUGCCAUCGGAGCUUCGCGACGGGGCAAGCGCUCGGCGGGCACAAGAGGUGCCAUUACUGGGACGGGCUCUCGGUGUCGCUCACCGCGUCGGCGCCAUCGGGGUCCGGGUCGACCGUCAAGGGCUUUGAUCUGAAUUUGAUGCCGGCGCCGGCGGCGCUGGCCGCCAACGCUGCGACAAGGUGGGGAGAGGAGGAAGAGGUGCAGAGCCCCUUGCCGGUCAAGAAGAGGCGGCUGUCCGGUCCGUCCUUGGACCUUAGUUUAACGAUUUAG